AAGCGCCAAUACGCUCGCUGCGGCGUGGGGCAUCUGACCUGAGAUCAGUCUCCGCAUUUUAACCGUCUCAGACAAACGCUAGACCUACCCGGAUUAUUUCGCACUGUCUAAAGGGGAACUGCGAGAAAGUUUUCGUUUACGAACCAUCAUGUCUUUUGCAGAUAAACGCGUUUGAGUCAGUCACCGUUUAAUUCGUUCGUGCGCACAUUCCGCUGACGUUUUGCCCAGCACGCGCACACUCGCGCCCGCACUGCUGGCGUGAUCAGAAAGGCUGCUCGCGAACACAGAGCAGAAGACAAAAUUACAUUGCAGCAUAGUUCUGAGGUGAGAAUCUACGGCCGCCAUCAUGCCAUUAUUUGGUAAAUCUCACAAGAAUCCCACAGAAAUUGUGAAAACCCUGAAGGACAAUCUGUCCAUUCUGGUCAAGCAGGACAAGAAGACAGAAAAGGCUUCAGAAGAGGUGUCCAAAUGUCUGGUGGCAAUGAAAGAGAUCCUGUAUGGCACCAACGAUAAGGAGCCACACACAGAAACCGUUGCCCAGUUGGCCCAGGAGUUGUACAACAGCGGACUGCUCAUCUCACUGGUGGAAAACCUACAAGUCAUCGACUUUGAGGGUAAAAAGGAUGUGUGUCAGAUCUUCAACAACAUCCUGCGUCGGCAGAUCGGGACCCGCAGCCCAACAGUGGAAUAUUUCUGCUCUCAUCAGGAAGUUCUGUUCAUCUUGCUGAAAGGGUAUGAGACGCCUCAGGUGGCUUUAAAUUGUGGGAUUAUGCUGCGCGAGUGCAUCCGGCACGAGCCUCUCGCCAAAAUCGUCCUUCACUCCGAACACUUCAAAGAUUUCUUCAGCUACGUGGAGAUGUCUACGUUUGACAUCGCCUCUGAUGCGUUCGCCACCUUUAAGGAUCUGCUCACAAGGCACAAGGUUCUGGUGGCAGAAUUUUUAGAACAGAACUACGAUGCGGUUUUUGAUAACUAUGAGAAACUGCUUCAUUCUGAGAACUACGUGACCAAGAGACAGUCAUUGAAGCUGCUGGGCGAACUGCUUCUGGAUAGACACAACUUCACAGUCAUGACGCGGUACAUCAGUAAACCAGAGAACCUGAAGCUCAUGAUGAAUCUUCUGAGAGAUAAGAGUCCAAACAUUCAGUUUGAGGCUUUUCAUGUCUUCAAGGUGUUUGUGGCCAACCCGAAUAAAACGCAGCCCAUCGUAGACAUUCUUUUGAAGAACCAGACGAAACUCAUCGACUUCCUUAGCAACUUUCAGAAGGAUCGCACAGACGACGAGCAGUUUAACGACGAGAAGACGUACCUCGUCAAACAAAUACGAGACCUAAAGAAGCCAGCCUCCUAAACUUUAGCUAUUGCAGUAUUAGGAAAAAACGACAAAAACACAGAAAAAAAAUUAACAAUAAUUCUAUUUAAAAUCUUGGAAAUUUUCUUUUCUUAGUUGCGAGGCUUACAAAAGAUGGUUCCCGAUCGUCAUUGAUGUUCUCUGUUCAUAUUUACUUCUUCUCCAUUUUCUUUCAUGUUUUUUUUUUUUAACGCAAACGUUUGUGCCAGAAUAGGAUGUUUUAAAAGUAGGAAUCAACCAGUUUCUAUUACACGGCCUCUUGACAGCAAGACACGUUGCGGAGUAGGAAGAAAACUUUCAUUUCAUUCUGGAGGCUUUUCUCGACCCCAGACACUCCACGUUCUCUGUUGUAUCUACUUCGCCACAACGCAGGUUUCGUUACGCUGACGGAAGACGGAUAUUGCUGGAAGAGGGGGAAUUCCCAAACUAUUCCCAAAUUAUUUAUGAGCUGUUGAGGACUUUAAACUGCACUAACCUUCGUACUUGCAUUCCUUUUGUCAUCCUUUUUUUUUAGGCAUCGAUAGGUUUCAUUUCUCUGUGCUGUAAUCAAAACACUACACACCUGAUUGCUUCCUUGCUAUUAUCCCAGACAGCAGACGACUACGGGCUGGGUCCUGCCAACUUCGGCGCAGAUUCGGCCCGGAGUCGUUUGCUGUCUGGGAAUCCUAUUCUAUUGUUUGUUUUGUGUUAUGAGAAUUAUUUAGAAAUUUAUCAGUAUUUUUAUUAUUGUUUAUCAAAGCUCAAACAGGAGGAACAGGUUUGUGCUUAAAAAAAAAAGUUAGACUUUAUGUACUUUUUGAGUCGCCAUUGUGUUGAUCAGAUUAAGCUAGCAUCAUUUAGUUUACUCUUUUCAAGAAAAAACACUGAUUGUCCUCUUAAGGUGGUUGCCAUUUUAGUGAGAGAGAGACUAAACAGCUUUAGGUUAACCCGAUGUAUAUUCCAACUCAUUGAUUCCAUUAGGUCUGUAAAACAUAUCAAUACUAUAGUACUAUGGUAUUACUGUAGUGCUCUGGUGUUUUACUUUUUACUAUUAGCAUUUUGUCCUACGACUCAUAAUUCAACUGUCCGUGAUGAUUUUGACAGAAAUAGAUUGUCGCGUAGCUGAAACACGAAAUGAAAUAAGGGCGCUUAUGUACAAAACCGGUGCCUUUUGUUCUUGAGUUAUUAUUUUACUCUUGCUCAUUUUUAUUUGAGUACAUUUCGGAAGGGGGAGCUUAAUUUCUUUGUAUUAUUUCUAAUAUGUUCUUAUUGAGCAUAUUUAGCUUGAUUAAGCAAUGAACCUCUUUAACUCGCUAUAUUUGAGUUAUGCUGUUGAAGAAAAUUCAUUAAAUCGCAUUGUUUCUCUUUGA